AUGUACCCGAAUCGGCCUCUUGAAUCGGUGGCCUUUGUUGGUCAAAUCGAGCAAGUAGACCAGAUAAGAAGAACUUACACGAAAAGGCAGGAAAGGUCCGACACUUAUAGGCUCCAACAGCUUACACGAAGUCCGGGAGGAUGUGUUGGGUACGUUCCUCAAAUUUGGGGUGAUGGAUCCCGGAUGAGAUAUGACAAAUUGGGAAAUGAAAUGGGAAGUAAUGGAAUUGGAUAUAAAUCAGGCGAAACGCCGGGGUCAGGAGACGAUAAGGGUGGUUUUGAAAGAAAAAGGAACAUAAAUGUUUCUAAAGACAUGGCUGAUCUUCAGUUCGCAAAACUGGAUACGAAUAAUGAAGUGAAUAAGGAUACCAUUAAGACUGGCAAGAGGGCAUUGAUGAAGUCGACUGGAGUGACAGGACUGCCUAUGAUGAGAGCAUACCUGGAACAGAUGGGUAAUAUGGGGCAAUCUGUGCCUCUUGUGCUGUCUCGGCUGGCUACAUCGAGAUUCAGUGGGUUAUCAGACUUCCAAAUGGGUGCCAGUCCUAUUGAUGUUGAUUUUGGAAAUAUCGGCUCGGAGAUUGCAACGGACUUGGGUCUGGAUGGAACCGAUGCUGGAACAACGUCGGCUAAACAAUUUAGUACUGCCGCUAAUCCUCCCAGUGACGUUGGGCCUUCUCCGAACAUCUGGAGAACAGAGUCUGCCUCCACUCAUUCUCCAGGCUUUGCUUCAUUCAUGGCGCAAUCAGAGUCUUCACGCAACUCCCCACCAAUAAUGUUCCUCUCUGGCCUCAAUGGAUCCGUAGACAGCUAUGGAUCCAGUGCUCUGCAGGCAUUCCUGUCUUCGCCAUGGGGUGUAUCAAGGCUGUCUAUUUGGAUGGCACCACAGAAUACAGCAAGUAAGAGCAACUGGGACCGCGCAGCCUAA